AUGGCAGCUUCGUCUCUCACCAAUCUCUCUCUGUCCCUUCAUCAGUACACAAGCAAAACCCCCAAAUUUCCUAACCUAAUCCCCUUCAGAAACCCUAUAUUUCAGUCUUCGUCCUCAAUCUCUCUCCACACUGAACUCCGGCAACCUGUCAGAAAACCUUACGUCUCAUCGUCACCCAUAUCGAAAUACUCAAUUGCAGCCUUUCUAUCACCGCCGCCGAAAAAAAUCUCCAAGUACUUUAUGGAGACAUUCGUGGCUGUGCUACUGGGGUCGCUCGUUUUCGUCGGCUUUUUCAAAUCAAGGCCUGUUUUAUCUGAGCCCGUUCGAGAAAGCGUGGUUCUCGAGGAAAUCGAUUCCCAGUCGGAGCAAAGUCGCGAAAAGGAAGAAGAAGAAGAAGAUGAGGAAGAAAUUAUGUGCGUGAAACUAUUGCAGCAAAAUCCGGAAAGCAUCGAGGCUUUGAAAAUGGUGGUGAAUGUGAAGAUGAAGAAGGGGAAGCCUGGUGAGUCCAUGGAGUAUGUGGAGAAGCUGAUCGACCUGCAGCCUAAUGAGAUGGAGUGGAGGCUUUUGGAGGCCCUUUGUUACGAGAUGACGGGGGACCUGAGUAAGGCGAAAAGCUUGUUCAAGGAAAUACUCAAACAGAGCCCUCUUUUACUCAAAGCUUUGCAUGGGUUGGCAAUGGUGAUGCAUAAGAAGAAAGAAGGGCCAGCUGUUUUUGCGAUGCUAGAUAAGGCCUUAGAGAUUGCUCGUCGAGAGAAAAGAGUCAAUGAAGAGCGAAAUAUUAGAAUCUUAAUCGCACAAAUGCAUACCAUAAAGGGGAAUUUUGAGGAGGCCUUGGAGAACUUUCAGGAUCUUAUUGAGGAGAAUCCAAGGGAUUUUCGGCCUUACCUAUGUCAGGUUAUUUCAGAGGUAGAAUAUAAGCUGACCUAUCUGUUGAACCUAAUCAUGGACAUUUAUUUCAUGGCUUACUGUGAGAAUCUAAGUAUGGGUGAAAAGGCAAGCAAGAAAGAAAUAGCAGAAAACGAAAAGAAGAAAAUGGUUGAUUUUGAGGGAAUUGUAUACAGCUUACUGGAGAAAACAAAGGAAGCUGAAGAGAAUUUCGAGAUUUAUCGAAGUCUCGUGCCCGAUGAGUUCCCUCAGAGAGGAUUCUUAGAUGAUGUUGUCUUGGCAGCGAAAAUAGAUUUAAAGCAACAGCUUGAGAAGCAGCCAUGA